ACUUGCUAGGGUUGUACAAGUAGUAUACACGUACUUGAGCAUCUGGGAUUGGUGCAAUGGAGCAGCACAACAGCACAUUAAUCAUUCCGCCGAGCAGGAGUGAAACAACUGCACCUCCAAUUCUCUCACCGCCUUGGGGGAGACUGCAGCUCUGUCCUGCCGUGCUCUCCCUGCACGCCAUGGAUCCCAACGGCGAGGGCGGCGGCGGCGGCGGCGAGGGCGGCGACCUCGACCUAAACCUCUCCCUGCAGCCGUCCUUGGCACCCGAGCCGGAGCCGCCAGGAUACUUCUCCUGCACCUACUGCGACAAAAAAUUCUACUCCUCGCAGGCGCUCGGCGGCCACCAGAACGCCCACAAGUUCGAGCGCAGCGUCGCCAAGCGCGCCCGCGAGCUGGCCGCCGCUCGCCGCCCCGCGGGCCACGGCCGCGAGCGCGGCGGUGCGGCCGAUGAGGAGGUUGGGAGGGGCAAGGAACUGGGCAUUGCUGCGCAGGGAUCGGCCGCAAGCUCGUCGACGCAGCAGAUCGGGGCGGCGCCGGAGGCAAGAAGGGAUCUCACCGACGAGAUCGACCUCUCCCUGAAGCUAUGAGUUCCUGCUCCUCUCAUCGUCCUUGAGAUUCUCAUCACGUCGAGCAAUCAGUUACCGAUCCAUGCAUCCUCAGAGUUAUAUAUGUUUGUGUGCUGAUAAUUAAAGCUCUUUUGAUUAAUUUCCUUGCCAUGCAUCGAUUCAAAGCAGGUUCUUGAUGAUUUUCCUUGAUCCCCUCCUCCACCCCUUGCCCUUUCUGCUUCUUCUCCAUCUUCUCCCCAGUUCACUUCUUUCAUUUUAUUAAAAUUUUACCGGGACAUGAUUUACUUAUCAUUACUUGCCAUGUAAAGCCUAGAAACGGAAACAUGAACAAAAGGAGAGAUUGAAGCCUCUUCAAGCAGUGUACACAUCACAAGGAACUAGGCACUAGGAAGCACAGCAUGCAGACGGGCAGUUCACACAGUAAGUAUGCAGUGAAGCUGCAGGUAAGAUGCAGCAAUGUAGCCUAUGGUUGCUAAUCCUCAUUAAUGGAGUGAUCCUUACAUUACAUCCAAGCGAAGUCUGUGGACUGUGUAUGGAUGGGUCUAGGUGUGUGUGGUCCAGUAGGCCUUAGCUCUAGCAGUCUAGCUAGGCUCAUCUAUGUCGCUGCCAAUGCUUUGCGCAUAAAAGCACGUGACUUAUUA